AUGGCACCAUCCAACGCCGUCGCGCCAGACGCACCAUAUUUCACACCCCUCCAAUCACCACCCGUCGGAACAGCACUAUCUCCCAAUCCCCCAACGCUCUUCACCCCUCAAAAUCCGGGAAGUGACAUUCCAAAACCGAAUAUGUAAGACCUCAAUUUUCCCUUCAAUUCCCUCAAUCUCUCCCUAUCUCCCCCCAUCACAAUACAAUCGCAUACUAACCACAACCAGGGGUCGCACCAAUGUGCAUGUACUCCGCCCACGCCGGCCACCUAACCGACUUCCACCUCAUCCACCUCUCCUCCUUCGCCUUCCGCGGCGCCUCCCUCACCAUCGUCGAAGCGACCUCCGUCCUCCCGGCCGGACGCAUCAGUCCCGAAGACGCAGGGCUGUGGCAAGACUCCCAAAUUGCGCCGCUGAAAAAAGUCGCGGACUUCGUGCACUCCCAAGGCCAGAAGCUGGGUGUGCAGUUAGCGCAUGCGGGGCGGAAAGCGAGUACGCUCGCUCCCUGGCUGGGGGAGAGGGGCAAGGCGAGUUUGGCGACGGAGGAGGUGGGAGGGUGGCCGGGGGAUGUGAAGGGUGCGAGUGCGAUUCGGUGGGGGGAGGGGUUUGCGGAGGUGAAGGAGAUGACGGUAGGAGAUGUGGAGGAGGUGGUUGAGGCGUUUAGACAAAGUGCUAUACGAGCUGUGAAGGCGGGCGUGGAUGUUAUUGAGAUUCAUGGCGCGCAUGGGUAUCUGAUUUCUUCGUUUCUUAGUCCUAUCAGUAACCGUCGGACGGAUCGAUAUGGAGGCUCGUUUGAGAAUCGCAUCAGGCUUUUGAUGGAGGUUAUUGAGGUUAUACGCGGUGUUAUUCCUGAAGGGAUGCCGUUGCUGGUGAGAGUUAGUGCUACGGAGUGGAUGGAGGAGAAGAGUGAGGAGAGUUGGGAUGUCCCAUCUACGAUUCGUCUUGCGAAACUACUCCCUGAACUCGGGGUCGAUUUGCUAGAUGUAAGCUCAGGUGGAAACAACGAGGCACAGAAGAUAGAGAUGCAUUCCGACUUUCAAAUCGGGAUUGCAGGACAAAUCCGUAAAGCGUUGUUCGAAGCUGGGAUCAAGAACUUGUUGAUUGGAGCUGUGGGGAUGAUCACCGCGGCAGAAGUUGCAAAAUCUAUCGUUCAGAAUGCAAACUCUGGAACGGGAACAGAAGGAAUGGAAGGGGAGAAGGAGAAGAAGACGUUAGAAAUAGAAGAUGAGCAGGGGAAGAUUGCGAAGGCGGAUGUGGUGCUUGUUGCACGACAGUUUUUGAGGGAACCCGAGUGGGUCCUCAGGGUUGCACAUAGACUUGGUGUGCAAGUCAAGUGGCCGAAUCAGUAUUCUCGGGCGCCUUUUCGAAGGAGGAGCAAGAUCUGAACAGGCUUUUUUUAGAGCGUUUUGUCGCCUCUGUCGCUUCGGGAAAAGAGGGCAAUGAGAUAGAGGCAUGAGAUUUGAGAUUAUAC